AUGGAAGCCAUGUUCGUUGCUAGGAAGUUGGUUGACAUGUACAUUGCUGGUAUGAGGGAUGCCUCUGGUGCUUUCUUUACUUUCGUUAGAUUCACUGAGACUUGGACUUCCCGUUCAGUUCUUGUUGGAGAAGCAAAGAACUUUGGCACACUAUGUAAUUUCCCAUCAUUGUUGGACUUAGAAGGAUUUGAUGUGGUGGAGUCCAAAUAUCUUGGAGGCAUGAAAAUCAUCAUCAAAUUCAAAUCAGAUGGGACAGCUAAAGAUGAGUUCAAUUUCGAAGUUGCCGCCUGUAAUUUUGGGAAGGUGUUGGUAAACACAUGUCCUUUUUGGAAUCGUAAUGAUGUUUCUUAUGGAAAACUUUGUAUUCUAACGAAUCUUAGGAAGUGGAUAAACGACGACAUGAAUGCUGUCUUUGAUGGAGUUGCUUGCAGAAUUGGCAUAAUCGAAAUCGACGAUGUUUGGACUCCUUUCAAGUCAUUCUCGUGGGAAUCAAAGGAGGAUUCAGACGUCGUGUUCGAUGAUGAUGUUGACGGAGUUUCUGACACUUGGAUACAUGGUAAUAUGUGUUAG